GUGGUAGGGCAGCCUGGAGACCCUGACCCGGUGGCUGCUGUCGUAAGGACACCGAACGAGAGCCUCCGGAUCCGAGCCGCGGGCAGGCCCCGGGCCGGCUGCUGCCAUGGCAACGGCAACGGCAACGGCAACGGCAACGGCAACGGCAACGGCAACGGCAACGGCAACGGCAACGGCAACGGCAACGGCAACGGCAACGGCAACGGCAACGGCAACGGCAACGGCAACGGCAACGGCAACGGCGCCGGGCGCGGGCCGGGAACGGGUUCUAGGCUCGGGCCUGUAGCGAGGCCUGUCAGGGCCUGCCGGGGCUCGGUGCUCCGUGCCCGGUUCUGGGGGUGCCAGGGAGGUGUCUGCAGGCCUUGGGCAGUGCCAUGCGGAGCACAGGAGGUGGCUUGGGGCACCAAGCAGCAGCGGUGCCAGGCAGCCAGGGUGGCACCGAGGAGCACUCGUGCCGGCGCCGUGCCCGCGGUGCUGGCAGUGCCACCCUGGCAUUGGUGCCACCCUGGCAUUGGUGCCACCCUGGUGCCAGUGCUGUGCCGGGGGUGCUGACAGUGCCACUCUGGCGGCGGUGCCACCCUGGCAUUGGUGCCACCCUGGUGCCAGUGCUGUGCCGGGGGUGCUGGCAGUGCCACCCUGGCAUUGGUGCCACCCCGGCAUUGGUGCCACCCUGGUGCCAGUGCUGUGCCGGGGGUGCUGGCAGUGCCACCCUGGCGGCGGUGCCACCCUGGCAUUGGUGCCACCCUGGUGCCAGUGCUGUGCCGGGGGUGCUGGCAGUGCCACCCUGGCGGCGGUGCCACCCUGGCAUUGGUGCCACCCUGGCAGCUGUCAUGCGCCGCUGGCGGCCCCCGCUCGGGCCCGGCCCAGGAAGCUCGGAAGGGGAAGUUGAGGCUGCGAGGCCGAGCGCGGGGUGGGGGUGGGGGCACAGCCGUGGCCGCCUGGCACCUUGGCACCAUGUCCUUGCCCUCCAUCUACCAGCACAAGCUGGCAGAGAAGCUGACCCUGCUGAACGAGCGAGGCAGAGGGGUCCUGGUCCGCAUCUACCACAUCAAGAAGACCUGCUCGGAGCCCAGCUCGCGGCCGCAGUUCCUCUCGGACAAGGCCCUGGAGGCUUCGCUCAGAGCCAUCGGCAGGAGGUUCCCGCAGCUGGAGCCGCGGAGCUGCUCGCAGCUCCUGGCCCCGCUGCAGAAGGACAAAGCUGCCCUUGCCCAGCAGCUGGCACCUUUCUACCAGACCUUCCUGGACGUCCUGGAGUUCAGGGACCACGUCUACGAGCUGCUGAGCACCAUCGAUGCCAGCCAAUGCUUCUUCGACAUCCACCUCAACUACGACCUGACCAAGAGCUACCUGGACCUGGUUGCCACCUACGUGUCCCUGGUGCUGCUGCUGGCACGCACCGAGGACCGCAGGCUGCUGAUUGGCACCUACCACUGUGCCCACGAGAUGACUCACGGCACCGGUGACCCCAGCUUUGCCCGCCUGGCACAGAUGGUACUGGAGUACGACCACCCCCUCAAGAAGCUGGCAGAGGAGUUUGGGCCUCAUACCCAGGCCGUCAGCAGUGCCCUCCUGUCCCUGCACUUCCUCUUUGCCCGCCGCAACCAAAGUGCCGAGCAGUGGCGCAGGGAGCAGCUCCUCAGCCUGCUUGGCACCGUGGGCACCAUGCUCAGCCCUGCCAGCUCCGACACCGUGGCAUGCGAGUACCUGUCCCUGGAGGUGAUGGAGCGCUGGAUCCUGCUGGGGUUCCUGGUGUGCCCGGGGGCACUGAACUCGUCCCCUCAGUGCCAGGAGCUGUGGUGCCAGGCCCUGCAGGGCACUCUCUUUGUCACCCUGCUCCGGGACGAGGCCCUGCAGGUGCACAAAGUCACCGAGGAGCUGCUGGGCAGCCUCAAGGGCUUUGGCAAGCGUGUGGCAGACGUCAAGGAGUGCAAGGACCAUGCCGUGGCACACAGUGGGUCCCUGCACCGGGGCCGGAGGAGUUACCUGCGUGGGGCUGUGAGGGAGCUGUGGGCACUGCUGGAGGACCAACCUGGGCUGCUGGCACCUAAGGCCCUCUUUGUCUUCAUGGCAUUGUCCUUCUGCCGGGACGAGGUGGCCUGGCUGGCACGGCACGCCGGGCACGUCACCAAGACCAAGACCCCCGAGGACUUCAUGGACAGCCAGGUGGCAGAGUUGCUGUUCCUGAUGGAGCAGCUGCGGCGCCUGGCACGGCAGCAGCGGCAGCUCCUGCGGCGUUACCACUGCCCCUACCUGGCACGCUUCGACGCGCUGGUGCUGAGCGAGGUCAUCCAGAACCUCUCCGUGUGCCCCGAGGAGGAGUCAAUCAUCCUCUCCUCCUUCGUCAGCAGCCUCUCGGCUCUCUCGGGCAAGGAAGCUGACGAGCAGCAGCAGUUUGACUUCCGAGCGCUGCGCCUGGACUGGUUCCGCCUGCAGGCCUACACCAGCGUGGCCAAGGCAGCUCUGCCGCUGCGGCUCUGCCCGGCCGUGGCUCAGGUGCUGAACCUCAUCGCGUUCCACACCAAGCUGCUGGACAGCCUGGAGCAGCUGCUGCAGGAGACCUCGGACCUCUCCGACCUCUGUUUCUACCCACGCCCACUGGAGAAGCUGUUCCUGGCGACCAUGGAGGAGCCUUCGAUGCUGCGCUACUGCCUGGCAUUCCCCCUGCUCUGUGCCCACUUCUCCCACUGCACCCACCCCAUGUGCCCGGAGGAGUACCCCCAGCUGGAGGCCACUGCCCUGGGGCUGUGCCAGAGGUUCCUGCAGGAGGUUGCCAGGGAGGCCUGCGGCUGCCUGCUGGAGGCCUGCGCGGAGCAGCACAGCCUGAGCCAGCAGCUGCUGCCCAAGCACUGCGCUGGCACUGUGGGCAAAGCUGGCAGCAAGAAGUCCCUGAGGGCAGCAAGCAAGAAGGGAGAGGCUGAGAGGGACAAGCCAGGGGCAGAGAGCCACAGGAGGGACAGGACCCACAGCACCAACCUGGACAAGCUGCACCAGACACUGGCAGAGCUCUCCCUCAGCCUCAACUCUGUGCCCAGCUUCAGCGUCUUUGGGCACACAGUGGUGCCAGCUGAGUACCUCAGCAGCCAGCUGGAGCUGCGCCUCACCAAAGCCAUCGUGGCCCUGGCAGGCUACAACCAGGCCACCCAGGAGGUUGCCAGGCCCUCGGAGGUGCUGCUGGGGCUGAGCUCCUACAUGAGCCUGGUGCAGAGGCAGUGCCAGCUGCUGGGGCUGGACCCUGGGCGCCUGCUCCGCAGUGUCCUGCUGCAGCAGACCCAGCCCCGCGAUGCCAGCGGGCACCAGACCCUCACCACCAUCUACACCAACUGGUACCUGGAGGCGCUGCUGCGGCAGGCCAGCAGCGGUGCCCUGGUGCCCGCCCCGGCGCUGCAGGCGUUCCGCGCCGUGCCGCGGGAGGGCGAAGCUCCGCUCCGCGCCGAGCAGUUCUCUGACGUCUGCGAGAUGCGGGCGCUGGCAGAGCUGCUCGGCCCCUACGGGAUGAGGUUCCUGAGCGACAACCUGAUGUGGCACGUGGGCUCCCAGGUGGCAGAGCUGAAGAAGCUGGUGGCAGAGAACAUGGACACCUUGGUGCAGCUGCGCUCCAGCUGCGGCAGGCCCGAGCAGAUGGCAGCGCUGGUGCCACGCCUGACCUCGGCCGAGAGCCUCCUGAAGCGCCUGACCAUCGUGGGCCAGAUCCUCAGCUUCAGAGCCAUGGCCCAGCAGGGGCUGCGGGAGGCCUUUGCCCACCACUGCCCCUUCCUGAUGGGCCCCAUCGAGUGCCUGAGCGAGGCUGUCAGCCCCGACGCCGACAUCCAGGUCACCCUCAGCAUCUUCGAGCUGGCCUCGGCCGCUGGCAUCCCCUGCGAGGUUGACCCAGCGCUGGUCAAGGUCUUGGCUGGCAGCAAGACUGAUGGCUCAGCCCCGGAGGAGGACUACAAAGUCUGCUGCCUGCUGCUGGUGUUCGUGGCAGUGUCGCUGCCCCUGCUGGCAUCCGACCCAGCCUCCUUCUACAGCACCCAGCUGGACGCCUGUGCCCCCCGGCUGAGGUGCCCCCUGUGCCCCCCAGGCCAUGCCAACAGCGCCCACUGCCUGGCCAAGGCAAUCAUCCAGCUCUCUGCUGCCCUCUUCACGCUCCACAACAGGAACAUCGAGACCCACCUGAAGGAGUUCCUGCUGCUGGCCUCAGCCAGCCUCCUGCAGCUGUGCCAGGAGCCGGACAGAGCGCGGGUGAGGAACCGAGACUCCAUCACCCUGCUCCUGCAGCUGGUCGUGGCCGAAUCCUCCUUCCUGACGCUGGACAUGCUGGAGAGUUGCUUCCCCUACGCCCUGCUGCGCAGCGCCUACAGGGAGGUGUGCAGGGAGAACCUGCUGGGCAGGGCCCCCCCGCCCUGAGCCCCCCCGCCCUGCGCGCCCCCGGGUGCCCCCUGCGUGCCCCCGAGGUGCCCCUCGGCUAACCCUCACUGCGUUGGUUUGCCCCCCCCGCGCCCCCUCCUCUAUUUUCCUGCCCCCUCCCUCCUUCUCUCACCCUUCUCCCUCCCCGUGCCACCCCCUCCCUCCAGACACCCAACCGAGGUGCUCCCGAGAUGCCCCCUGCGUGCCCCCUUGUGUGCCCCCUGCGUGUCCCCUGCGUGCCCCCUGCGUGUCCCCUGCUUGCCCCCUUGUGUGCCCCCUGCGUGCCCCCUGCGUGUCCCCUGCGUGCCCCCGAGGUGCCCCUCAGCUACCCCUCAUUAAACCACUCCUGCCCCCA